UCCGCUGCCUCCGUCCCGCGCAUGCGGAGCGGUUGCGCCUGCGCGGGGCCGGCGCGGUGUUGCCAUGAGAGCGGCGAUGGGGCCGCCCUGAGGCAGCCGGGCAUCACCUUAAGCUUGAAGCAUCUUUGCUUUGACUGUCUGGCUUCUGCAGGAUGCCACACAAGAUUGGGUUUAUAGUUGUUAGCUCAUCAGGACACGAAGAUGGCUUCAGUGCAAAAGAGCUGAUGGUUCAUGCACCAACGGUGAAUGGAUGGAGAUCACCAAGACUCUGUCAGUACCCACAAGAAAUUGUUCUGCAGUUGGUGGAGAGAUGUCGAAUACGAAAGCUGCAGCUGCUUGCUCACCAAUACAUGAUUUCAAGCAAAAUUGAGUUCUAUAUCAGUGAAAGCUUGCCUGAAUACUUUGCUCCUUAUCAGUCAGAGAGGUUUCACAGACUGGGUUAUGUACCUCUCUCAGACAAUGAGAAAACUGGUUUCAGAGCACGAGAGUUAAAAUCUGUGUACAUGGAUGCAGUUGGCCAGUACCUCAAGCUGAUUUUCCAUAAAAAUUAUGCCAAUAAAUACAACCUAUAUGGUCAGGUUGCCCUGGUUGCUGUAAACAUUAUUGGAGAUCCAGCAGACUACAGUAAUGACAUCAGUAAUACUCCUUCCAGAGAGAAGCUGAUAGACCACUACUUAGGAAUUAAAUCAGAUGACCCUGCCUUAGAUGGAACUUACCUUGGGAAACCUGAUGCCAUCUCACCUCUGGAUGAUUUGGCUUUUGACAUGUACCAGGACCCAGAAGUUGCUCAGAUCAUACGCAGGCUGGAUGAGAAGAAGCGGGAAGCUGUGCAUCAGGAGCGCUACGAUUAUGCCAAGAAACUCAAGCAAGCCAUUGCAGACUUGCAAAAGGUAGGAGAACGCCUGGGCCGGUAUGAGGUAGAGAAACGUUAUGCUGUGGAGAAAGAGGAUUAUGAUCUUGCUAAAAAGAAGAAACAGCAAAUGGAAGCAUACCGCCUGAAGGUGUACCAGCAGCUGGAGCUCCACGACCUUCUGGAUGCAGAGCUGAUGAUUCGAAAACCACCUGAGCUGCCUUUGCAGCCUUUGAUUCAUACUGACAGCUCUCAGUGCACAAAAGCUACAAAUUCACCUCCUCUGGAGCACACAGAACCACACAAAGGAGAGCCCUGGGGAGCAGAACCUUUGCUGGAAGAGAAGGCAGCAGCAGAUCUCACUUCUGCUGAGCCCAGUGUUCCCCAUCAGUCGCCUCCUCCUCCUGUGACAACUCCCAGGGAAAGCCUUCCCAAGGAAAAUGUUGAAUUUUUACCCUAUGAUGAGAGGCCUGUUCCAGCCAUCUGUAAACAGUCUGAUGAAGCAGUUGUGUACCUUGAGCCAGAGGUGACUGAAGAGGAUAUCAGUGAUAGCCCAAGAACUGGCACUGCUGGGGAACCAGAGCCACUGACUGAGAAGGCACUGAGGGAGGCCAGCCCUGCUAUUGAAGUUUUUGGAGAAGCUUUGGUUUCAGGAGCAUAUUCCAAAACCUGGUCCUAUCGAGAAGAUGGGUUACUGGCUGUCUAUAAGAAGCUGGAGGAAAUGUCAGUAAACACUCCAAAGGAUGAUUUAAAGAGCAUGCUGAGGGCUGCUGUUUUCCUUGUACAGAGAGCCAUCAAGGACAUGGUCUCAUCAGUUUUUCAAGCUGCCUUGAAACUUCUAAAAAUGAUAAUCACCCAUUACAUACCAAAACAUAAACUAGGCAAGCAGGAAACUUCUCACUGUGUGGAAAAAACACUUCCAAAUUUACUUUCUAGAACAGGGGACUCUUCAUCCCGUCUUCGCCUCGUGGCUUCCAACUUUAUCCAAGAAAUGGCACUGUGCAGUGAAGUUAAACCUCUCCAGAUUGUUCCAGUUCAUUUGGUUCAACCAUUAAAACCAAACUCCCCAGCCCACCUGGCAAUGAGUCAAGUAGAAUUAGUGGAAAAGCUCUUGAAAGUCAUGGGAACUGAAAACUCUGGGUUUACUGUCAGCAAUGUCAUGAAGUUUGCCACGGGAGCUUUGGAACACAGAGUGUAUGAAGUUCGGGACGCAGCGAUGAAGAUUAUCUUGGACAUGUACAGGAAGGACAAGGCUGCUGUGCUGCAACAUCUCCCCCCAGAUGAUGCCAACAUCCGCAAGACUGUGAUCUAUAAAACCCUGUUUGAGGGGUUUGCUAAGAUAGAUGGUAAACUUUCUGAAGCUGAAAUCAGGAUCCGGAGAAGGGCAGCAACAGAAGAAACAGAGAAGAAGAAGAAGGAAGAAAUAAAAGAUCUGCAAGGCCAGCUGGCAGCUCUAAAGGAGAUACAAGCAGAAGUUCAAGCUGGAAAGGAGAAAGAAUCUGGUUUUCAGAAGCCAAAGAAUCAAGGUUUACAGGUAAAUGGAAGCCCCCAGCCUGCAGUAGCAGAGAUUCCAGAUGAACGUUCCUCUGUUGCAAGUUACUUGGAUAACUUAUGUAUUUUUUGUGGUGAAAGGGAUGAAUCCUUCACAGAAGAAGGGUUGGAUCUUCAUUACUGGAAACACUGCCCUAUGCUAACCAGAUGUGAGCACUGCAAACAGGUGGUGGAAAUAGCAAGCCUGACAGAGCACUUGCUGACAGACUGUGAUAAAAAGGACAUUUUUGGGAAAUGUCAACGAUGCAGUGAGGCCCUUCCAAAAGAUGAAUUGCCCAAACAUAUUAAGAGCAAGACUUGUAAUUCUGCCAAACCAGAGGACGUGGCAAACCAUUGCCCAUUGUGCCAUGACAACUUUUCCCCUGGAGAGGAGGCCUGGAAGUCUCAUCUAAUGGGCAACGAUGGCUGUAAAAUGAAUCGACGGAGGUUAUCUCUGCUGAAUAAAACUCAUCUGGUGCACCCUGGCAAAAUUGCUGGGCAAUAUUUAAGGAAACCAGGUCCUUCAGGAGUAAAAGUUCAAGCUCCCUCUAUAGGAAGCAAGAUCCCAACACCAAGAGGGGGCCCAAAUAAAAGCACUGGCAAAACAUACUUAAAGCGAUGACAGGACAAGUAUUUUUUUCCUUUGUCUUCAUAACUGGGCUUAUAGUUGUUAAUAGUUAUUUAAAAAUAAUGGACAACUUGUAUCAGCUUUUUUAUUUGUCUGCAUCAGCCUUGAGCAGUAAUUGCCUAGUCUGGUAACUUCUGUGUUAGCUGCCUCUGUGCAGCACUAUUUCUGCAUUACAUCAGUGCAUUUACAGGGAGUUCAUUGUAAUUAGACUGGAGGAAAACACUGAAAAUACAGCUGUAGAGUGAGUAAAACAGGCUUGUUGCAGUCA